CUGAGUUUAUAUUUUUGAACAUCAAUUACCAUAACAUUGUUACCUUGAUAUACCACUUAACUUCUCUUCUACGCUUUUCUCGGCACAUGGAUCGCUUUCCUAUUGUCAAGAAAGAUCGUCACUUCACGAAGUUUAGGAGCAUCAAGAAUGAAGAUUAUCGGGUUUUACAUCACAUUCUUUAUAUGUUUCGUGCCAGCUCUAGUAACAGCUCCAGACAUAUUCAUGUGGGAAUUUACCAGAGAGUAUUGCUACAGUGUUUACUGAGGCAGCCAGAAUAUGGGAUGCUUAUUGGAUGGUUUUCCUGCCCAACUCACGAUUGCAAUAAUGAGUGGGACAAACACUGGAUAGCUGACAUACGUUUUAUGGAGAAGGUAACUCUUGAAAAUCCACACUUCAAUGCCUUUCUCAACGGGACUUUACUUAUCAAGAAAUUUCUCCCCAUGUAUGAUAGAAGAUACUUCAUCAUGCGAGUGAAGACAGAUACAGGAGCCAAAGCAAGUAUUUACCAUCGUAAAGUAGUACAAGGGCACCUACUUCUGACGCUGGUCAGUCAGCAAAAUAUCUAUGCCUUUGAAGGGAUGGAUGUUUUUCUUUGAAGCUCAGGUGAAGGCCUACCCCUAUCCAUGGGUUUCUCUGAGUCAUGUCUUGGAGUCACACGAAAGAGUAAUACAGGAGACAUCAAACGUCAGUUCUUAAAAACUUAUGAAGAUUCCAAGCAUCACUAAGGCCAGCAGUGGUGACUAUGUCCUAUACGCUGAGAAUACUGUGGGAAAUGAUACUCUCACUGUGAGGUUUUAUGCGGAGGGCAUGCCAGGCCGUUCAUCUUCACCACCACCAGGUGACAUCCCAACCUCAGAGGCUCCUAAACCUCCAGACUCUACUCCCUCAAAUGAAUGCAGCAACGAUGUGAAUUUUACGACAGCAUUCAGGAAUCCAAGUGUCCGUGCGUUGGUAAUUAUUCUGGCGUUGAUAAUUAUUCUGGCGGUGAUAGGCAUUGUCAUAGUGUUGAGAUCAGUUUUGUUCAAAACUUGUAAUUGUCACUUAAAUCAAGGGAAGCAGUAUAACUUGGAAGUAAAUGAUAAAGAAUGCAACACUACAGCUAAUAAUAGCAACGAGAGCAUUGCCAAGGAGCAAACGGACAGCGCUGAAAAUGUGUACCAGCUAUUUGUUGCAGUAGUAGCAUUCGACCGUAAUCGUGGGGCAAUUGCUCUUGGUGGAAAAUAUAGAUAAUGCGUAUUCACGUACUCUUUUAAAGCAGUGAAAUCUAGAGUGCAUAUGGCCUUAAACCUUAGUGUCGUUAUUAGUUAUAUUUGCUACUCUAAA